AUGGCUGAGGAGCAGACAAUUCAAAUUCCCAGAGUACGACUGGGAAGUCAGGGUUUCGAGGUUUCCAAGUUGGGAUUUGGGUGUAUGGGGCUUACAGGAAUCUAUAACGCUCCAGUCCCUGAAGAGCUUGGCAUAUCAAUCAUCAAGUACGCGUUCAAUAAAGGAAUAACAUUCUUUGAUACAUCAGAUGUAUAUGGACCACAUACUAAUGAAGUUUUGGUGGGAAAGGCAUUGAAGCAGUUACCUCGAGAUAAGGUUCAAUUGGCAACAAAGUUUGGUAUUGUAAAAAUUGAAAACACUCAAGUGGUUGUAAAUGGCACUCCUGAAUAUGUCUGCUCCUGCUGCGAAGCUAGUCUGAAGCGCCUUGGUGUGGACUACAUUGAUCUUUACUAUCAGCACCGAAUAGAUACAACUGUCCCCAUAGAAGACACUAUGGAGGAAUUGAAAAAGUUGGUGAAUGAGGGAAAAAUAAAGUACAUUGGACUAUCUGAAGCUAGCCCAAACACAAUAAGGAGAGCACAUGCAGUUCACCCCAUAACUGCUAUACAGAUGGAGUGGUCCCUUUGGACUCGCGAAAUUGAGGAAGAAAUCGUCCCACUUUGCAGGGAACUUGGAAUUGGAAUAGUGCCAUACAGCCCCCUGGGUCGUGGAUUUUUUGGUGGCAGGGGAGUGGUGGAAAGUAUACCUGCAAAUAGUUUUUUGGCAUCAAAUCCUCGUUUGAUUGGAGACAACUUUGAGAAAAACAAGGUCCUUUAUGGUAACGUAGGAAUGUUGGCUGAAAAGCAUGGAUGCACCCCUGCACAACUUGCCCUUGCUUGGGUUCUUAAUCAAGGUGAUGGUGUGGUACCUAUCCCUGGGACAACUAAGAUAAAAAAUCUUGAUACUAAUGUCGGUUCCUUGGGAGUGAAACUCACUGAAGAAGAUGUAAAAGAGAUUUCUGAUAUGAUACCCAUCAACGCGGUGGCAGGGGAAAGAAUAGUUGCCAGUUUUAUUACCUGCUCUUGGAAGUUUGCAGAUACACCGGCAAAAGAGAGCACAAUACUAUCUUAG